GGAACGUCAUUUUGGACUCGAGUGUACACACUGUAAUACUUAAUAAUUAAAGGUUAUAACCUAUUAUUUAAAAAAGAGUAAAAGAAAAAUGAAUGAUUACACAGUAGCAUUAGAUACUGAAACAGAACUGUUUUGUACAUUAUAUUUAUUUAUAAAUGUACAAAAUUCUAAUGAAGUAUGUAAAAAAGUUAUAAGCGGUGAACUUUCUUGUACUAUUAUGAAAGCAUCACUCAUAGUGGAUCCGUUUCAAGUAUUGAUAAGCGCAAACAAAGCUGCAAUUAAUGCAAAAACAAAUCAACUUACUACAAAAAAUGUACAUACGGAAAUAUUAUUUAAUUUGUCCAUGUCAAAAAAUAUAUCUCGUUCUUUGACUGAAUUUGGCAUUAGUGAUAGUGAUAAGAAUAUAUUAAUAGCAAUAGUACACAAAGCAAACGAAAAACCAACGCCAGAUAUAUUUGAAGAAGCUAUAAAAGGAGAAAGAAUAUCGAUAUCGAAAUUGCCGCAAUACACGAAUGUUGAGUUAGUAAAAAAGACGUACAAAAUUGAUAAAGAAGAAUUGAGUGUUUCUAACUUAAUUAAUUCUGUUGUAUCUAGAAUUAGUAGUAAAGAUUUUAUAUUAUUGAAAUGA